AUGCACAGUCAAUUAAGAAUAUUCAGUUCACUUGGCUAUGAUCACAGUAAAGUGUAUAGAAGAUUUCAGUUGAAUCUUGGGUUGAUUAAACGAUGGAAAACUUCUCAAGAAAAAGUUUUACUAGAAAACAGUAAUCAUAUUUCCUUUUCAACAACAAAACCUCACUGGAAUUUAUUACAUUCAGAAUCUGCAUAUAAUCCCCAGUUAGUUGAAAAUCCUCAAUUAUGCAAAACAUUAUGGGAUCGAUUGAAAGUGUUUCAAGUGGAUAGUACAUCUGUGAGUAGUAUUAGUGAUAAUCGAAAAUCUGUCAUUAGUAUGAUUCUACCUCCUCCAAAUGUUACUGGUUCCCUACAUGUCGGACAUGCGCUUACAUGCGCCAUACAGGAUGCAAUUGCCCGGUGCUAUAGAAUGCAUGGUAAAACAGUGGUAUGGAUACCGGGUAUGGAUCAUGCUGGUAUAGCAACUCAGUCAAUAGUUGAACGUGAUCUACUCAAGUCUUAUCAUCAUCAUCAUAAACAUAAAGAAUCUGUCAACGCGACGGACUCAUCAUCAUCAUCAGUUAUAAAUCCAAGGCUAUUAUUAGGACGUGAGGCUUUUUUAAAUCGUAUAUGGGAUUGGAAAAAUGAACAUGCUAAAUUAAUUCGUGAACAAUUGGAUAGUCUUGGUUUAUGCUUAGAUUGGAGUAGAGAAUUCUUCACUUUAAGUUCUAGUCAUUCAAAAUGUGUUACAGAAGCGUUUCUGAAAUUAUACAAUGCUGGAUUGAUUUAUCGUGAUGAAAGCUUUGUAUCAUGGUGUUGUCACCUUCAGACAGCUAUUUCUGAUAUUGAAGUAGAAUCACGUGAACUAUCUAGCUCUACAUUUAUAAAUGUACCAGGUUGUAAAGAACCAAUUGAAUUUGGGAUAAUGGAUUAUUUCGCUUAUCGGAUAAUUGAUCCUCCAAAUCGUUCGACAUCAUCACCUUCGCUGUCAUCUUCAUCGAAAUAUCGACAGUUUGAUGCAAGACCGAAUGAAAUUAUCGUGGCUACAACUCGGUUAGAAACAAUGCUUGCAGAUGUAGCACUAGUUGUUCAUCCUGAGGAUGAACGUUAUCAACAUUUCAUUGGUUGCCACGUUGAACAUCCGUUUUGUUCCAAUGGGCGACGAGUUCUUCCAAUUAUAGCUGAUGGCGAAUUUGUGAAACCUGAAAUCGGAACUGGUGUCGUUAAACUUAGUCCAGGUCAUAGUCCUGUAGAUUUCGAAUUAGCUAAACGACACAACUUGCCAGUGAUUACUAUAUUCGAUAACUCUGGUUGUAUCAUAAAUACUGCUGAUGAAUUUGCAGGAUUACCUCGUUUUCAAGCACGUCAACGCCUCGUUGAACGUCUCUCUGAACUUGGUUUAUAUAAAUACAGAAAAGAUGUCAGUGUUGACGGAGGAGAUUGUACCAUCCUACCGAUAUGUUCACGUUCUGGUGAUAUCAUUGAACCAAUGAUAAGAAAACAAUGGUUUAUAAAGACAAAAGAUUUGGCGAAAGCUGCAAUUGAAGCUGUUCAAUCUGGUCAAAUUGAAAUGAUUCCAUCCUAUCAGAAAUUAGUCUGGUCAGAAUGGUUGAAUCCAGUGAACCAUAAAGAUUGGUGUAUAAGUCGUCAAUUAUGGUGGGGCCAUCCUAUUCCAGCGUAUAAAAUUUCAUUAUCCAAUCAGAUAACUGAGCGUGAUGGAAAUGAAUUUUGGAUAGUUGCUCGUUCCAUGGAUGAGGCUGUGCAGAGCAUGAAUAACUCAAAAUAUAAAUCCUGUGAAUAUCAGAUAACACCAGAUCCAGAUGUUUUAGACACAUGGUUCAGUUCUGCAAUAUUACCAUUUUCUGUCUUUGGUUGGCCAGAAAAAACCAAGGAGUCAUAUUUCUAUCCUUUACGUUUACUAGAAACUGGACAAGAUAUUCUCUUCUUUUGGGUCGCACGUAUGGUUAUGCUUGGGAUAUUUUUAACUGAACAAGUGCCUUUCAAAACUGUACUUUUACACGGUUUAGUGUGUGAUUCAGCGGGUCAAAAAAUGUCGAAAAGUAAAAAUAAUGUGAUUAAUCCAUUGAAAAUUAUUCAUGGAAUCGGAAAUCUUUCAAAGGAAACCGUUGGGUCGUCAAUACAAGUUCUAGGUGCAGAUGCUUUGCGCGCUGCACUGCUCACUUGUCAAAUUCAUCAACCGCACAUUAAAUUCGAUGAGAAUGUUGUGUUGGAAAUGAGAAAAUUUUGUAAUAAGAUAUGGCAGACGGCUAGAUUUGUUUUAAUUCAAUUGGAGAAACAGAAUCUUCUACAGUCAAUUUCAGCAAGCCGUCAUGAACCACUUGAAUAUCAAUGGAAUCAAUAUGUUGGAAGACUACAUCAUGAAAAUAAACUGCGUCUAUUUGAUAUAUGGAUUAUCUAUAAACUAUAUCGAUUAACGGAAUUAAUCAAUUCGACAUGGAUAGAUAUCAGUGAUACUGAUGGAUGUGAUCGUGUGAAUGAUGAUCGCGACGAUAGUGGUUUGAACAAUGAAAAUAUGAAAUGGUCUUUUCAUCAUGGUGUCAUGGGUUUACAUAAUUGGUGGAUCAAUGAUCUUUGUUCAAUAUACUUGGAAGUAGUUAAAAGGAGUGCAGAUUCUUUGCCACUGAGCAGUAAGAAUUCUUUACAGAUACUUUAUCUUUGUUUGAUCACUGGAAUUCGUCUACUCCACCCAAUUAUGCCAUAUUUAACUGAAGUUAUAUGGCAUGGGAUAAAUAUAAAUAUGGAGAGAACGGAUCACGAUUCUGGCCAGUUUUAUACCCCUGAAAAAUGCCUAUUAAUGGAGACAUUUCCUAAUAUCCAAUGGUUCAACUUUCUUCACGAUCCUGAAUCAUCACCAUCACACUCAUUGGAAAGGAUCAAUGAAACGAUGCAUGAAUUGAUCACAGUAGCUACAAAUGUUAACUCAUGGCGUACACUACUCAAAUCUAUUAAUGAGACUCCGCAUUCAGAACAAUCUAAAGGCGAUGACAAGUUUCCAAGGAUAUAUAUGACUAAAAUUAGUAAUAAUUCCAUAAUUACUCCCAAUACUACUACAGAUACUGAAGAUGAAUCGUCUGUAUUAAAGGCACUCACAGGUAUUCACUUGAGAUCGGAAAUAUUAUUGGAUAGAAGCUCUGUGAGUGAUUUUAUUCAUAUACCAGUUUAUGAUAAAUACAACAGUUGGCAGUUGUGUAUAAAUAAACGCGCAUAUGAUCUUCAUUGGACUAGAAGGGAAUUACAAAAUCGGAUUGAUAAAUUGCGUCAACGCAAAGAAGAGCUGAUUAAGAACACUUACAAUAAUAAUUUGGGAAAAAAGAGAAUUGGGAAAAAGGCCUCAACUGAUUGUAUAAAUGAAGUUAACCAAUCUAAAAUUGAGGCGAUUGAAAGGAAACAGGAAAAGCUGCAAUAUCAGUUUUCAUUACUGAAAUAA